AUGAGUGUAGAGGACGGGGGAGUGCCAGGCCUGGGCCGUCCCAGCCAGGCCCGCUGGACCUUGAUGCUACUCCUGUCCACUGCCAUGUAUGGUGCCCACGCACCAUUGUUGGCACUGUGCCAUGUGGAUGGCCGAGUGCCCUUCCGACCCUCCUCAGCUGUGCUGCUGACCGAGCUGACCAAGCUACUCUUGUGCGCCUUCUCCCUCCUAGUAGGCUGGCAAGCAUGGCCCCGGGGGGGCCCGCCCUGGCGCCAGGCUGCCCCCUUUGCACUACCAGCCUUGCUCUAUGGCGCCAACAAUAACCUGGUGAUCUAUCUUCAACGAUACAUGGACCCCAGCACCUACCAGGUCCUGAGCAAUCUCAAGAUUGGAAGCACGGCCCUGUUCUACUGCCUCUGCCUCCGGCGCCGCCUCUCUGCACGCCAGGGCUUAGCACUGCUGCUGCUGAUGGCAGCGGGGGCCUGCUACGCAGCUGGUGGCCUCCAGGACCCUGGGAACACCCUCCCCGGGUCCCCUCCAGCAGCUAAGGCUGGCCCCAUGCCCCUGCAUAUCACUCCACUAGGACUGCUGCUCCUCAUCCUGUACUGCCUCAUCUCGGGCUUGUCCUCUGUGUACACAGAGCUGCUCAUGAAGCGACAGCGGCUGCCCCUGGCACUUCAGAACCUCUUCCUUUACACGUUUGGUGUGCUCCUGAAUCUAGGUCUGCAUGCAGGUGGCGGCCCCGGCCCAGGCCUCCUGGAGGGCUUCUCAGGAUGGGCAGCGCUCGUGGUGCUCAGCCAGGCACUAAAUGGACUGCUCAUGUCGGCUGUCAUGAAGCACGGCAGCAGCAUCACACGCCUCUUUGUGGUGUCCUGCUCACUGGUGGUCAACGCCGUGCUCUCAGCAGCUCUGCUGCGGCUGCAGCUCCCAGCUGCCUUCUUCCUGGCCACACUGCUCAUUGGCCUGGCUGUGCACCUGUACUAUGGUAGCCACUAGCCCCUGACCACUUCCACCUUGACUCCUGACCCUGGAGAUUGGGCGUUACCAUCAGAGCCACCUCCUAGCUCCCUUUCCCUCAGCAGCCCUGUAACAAGUGCCUUGUGAGAAAAGCUGGGGAAGUGAGAGCAACCAGAAGGGUGGAUGAAGGUAUACCCCUGAGAGACUUGUGGAGUGGGUUUGGUUACGGAAACUGGAAACUCUUAAACAUCACCCUCCCUCCCCGCCCCCAAGUUCUUCCAGACUAGGGAAUUAUGGGAGCAUCAAUUCCUAGACCUGAGAAAUGACCCCAUCUCUGAUGGAACAGGUUCCCUGUCUUACCCUGCAUGAAUUCAGUUGCCCCCUUCCCCACCCCUGUCCUACAGGAAAGCCCAAUUGCCACAGAUUCCACACCCAUCACCUUGGCCAUUCUGCUGAGCUCCCGUAGCUCCAGGAUCGCCUGGAGACAGUGCUAUCCCUGCUCCCUCCACAGUGCUGCUCUCCACACCCAGCCUUUGUUCUGGAAACCCCAGAGGGGCUGGGGCUUGGCUCAUCUCAGGAAAUGUUUCCCCUGGGCUCUGGCUUAUACUCCUGAUCUCUCUACGCACCCAAAGAGCCUCUUGCAGCCCAAUGCCCCCUCUACAGCUCCUAGGAGUUACCGUUCUAGGUCCGUCCCCUGCCUAGCAGUGUCCCACCUCCCAACAGCCACAGAAGCUCUGCACAGAGUGUCCUGGGACCAGCACAGGGAAACUUGUUUAGUUCAAUCAAUGUCAGACUGCAUAAGCAAUAAAAUAAGGUCUUAAUAAAGCAUUCUGGAGUGUAGGCGAUUCCUACAAUCAAUCAUGAUUGUCUUGUGUCUUCUGUGUUGCAUAGCUCCUCUCAAACAAUUUCAUUCCCCUGGUGCCCUUAGUAUCUUAAUCCUGGGGUAACAAAGACUAGGAGAAGAGGCUGUUUUCUCCUUCACUGUUGCCAGAAGCAUAAUUUCCUCUGAGGGUUCCAUGGAGCCAAGACUGUUCUCCGUCACAGAACUUUUGAAACUUUCCUGAAGCAUGAAACGGGUGCUGGGGAAUUUGGAAGCAUCUUGGGAAUAGAAGACACUAGGCCCAACAGGACAAACUAGACUCUUAAGCCAGAGAACUCUUCAGGACUCAAUGUGGUUAUGAUUCUUGUUUCCUCUGGAGCCCUCACUGAUACUCCUGCCUGUCAUCUGAUCUCAUGGCCGGAGGAAUGUCAGGCCCUGCUACCAUGGAAGAAUACCUGAUUGUAAACUCCAUGAGGACCCGGAUUUCCUAGGGCCUACAUGACCAGCACAUGGCCACCUUGAGGGUCCAAGCGAAGAAGAAUGCUGGUGUAGUUGCUUCCUUCCAGGAGUCAUGAGACAAUCCAGGGCAGAGAGCCCGCCACCUCCUCUUCAACAACCUUACCAGCCAACACCUGCAGCAGGGGGCAGUCUCUGCCAGAGGGCAGAAGGAAGAAAGCCAUCCACGGGUGGAUGGAGAAAGAAACUAUCCCAAAUCACACUCUGAUGGAAAGUUUGACUAUUGCCAGUAACUUUUGUGCACCAACAGACAGAUU